GAUCAGUCAGUCAAUAAAGAAGCUAACACAGAGCUAAGCUAAGCUAAGAGGAACAGGCAGUAUCCCCGCAGUGUAAAUGAUGGAUAUUAGCUAACGAUGACGGGAGAUAAGAAGAAGAAGAAGCGGCUGAACCGCAGCAUCCUGCUCGCUAAAAAGAUCAUUAUUAAAGAUGGAGGCAGUCCGCAGGGAAUGGGCGAGCCGAGCGUGUACCAUGCGGUGGUGGUCAUCUUCCUGGAGUUCUUCGCGUGGGGACUCCUCACCACGCCCAUGCUCACGGUCUUACGUCAGACGUUUCCACAGCACACGUUCCUGAUGAACGGACUCAUCCACGGAGUCAAGGGUCUCCUGUCGUUCCUCAGUGCUCCUCUGAUCGGCGCUCUCUCUGAUGUUUGGGGCCGGAAGUCGUUCCUGCUGCUCACCGUCUUCUUCACCUGCGCACCCAUCCCACUGAUGAAGAUCAGCCCCUGGUGGUACUUUGCGGUGAUCUCCAUGUCGGGCGUGUUCGCCGUGACCUUCUCGGUUAUCUUCGCGUACGUAGCCGACAUCACGCAGGAGCACGAGAGGAGCACGGCGUACGGUCUGGUAUCUGCCACGUUUGCUGCCAGCCUGGUGACGAGCCCCGCCAUCGGAGCCUACCUGUCUCAGGUGUACGGAGACACUCUGGUGGUGAUCCUGGCCACGGCCAUCGCUCUGCUGGACAUCGGCUUCAUCCUGGUGGCCGUUCCUGAGUCUCUGCCGGAGAAGAUGAGGCCGGCGUCGUGGGGGGCGCCCAUCUCCUGGGAACAGGCGGAUCCAUUCGCCUCUCUGAGGAAGGUGGGUCAGGACUCCACAGUAUUACUGAUCUGUAUCACAGUCUUUCUCUCUUACCUCCCUGAGGCGGGACAGUACUCCAGCUUCUUCCUCUACCUGAGACAGGUGAUCGGUUUUACCUCAGAAACGGUUGCAGCCUUUAUUGCAGUGGUGGGAAUCCUCUCCAUACUGGCUCAGACGGUGGUGCUGGGGGUGCUGAUGCGCUCUAUCGGUAAUAAGAACACCAUCCUGUUAGGACUGGGCUUCCAGAUUCUCCAGCUGGCGUGGUAUGGGUUCGGAUCUCAGCCCUGGAUGAUGUGGGCGGCGGGCGCCAUAGCUGCCAUGUCCAGCAUCACGUUUCCAGCCAUCAGUGCCAUCGUGUCCCGAAACGCAGACCCAGACCAGCAGGGGGUGGUGCAGGGGAUGAUCACGGGGAUCAGGGGGCUGUGUAACGGACUCGGCCCCGCCCUCUACGGCUUCGUCUUCUACCUGUUCCACGUGGAGCUGAACGACGUCGACGCUGCUGAAGGAGUCGGGAAGGGAACCAAACCCAACAUGGCUAAUCCCACUGAUGAGAGCGCUAUCAUCCCGGGUCCCCCGUUCCUGUUCGGAGCGUGCUCGGUUCUCCUCUCCCUGCUGGUGGCGCUCUUCAUCCCCGAACACAACGCCGUCCUGAUGAGACCCGGCGGCUACAAGAAACACGCCGGCUCCGCCCAGAGCCACGCCCACGCCCCUCAGGGCGGGGCCUGCGACGGCAAGGAGCCUCUACUGGAGGAUAGUAGUGUGUGACCCCGCCCGCUGCAACGUUUAUGGGUGGAGCCCGUAAGCCUUUAUGGGAUGACGGCACCCUUCGACUCCGCCCACCGCAACCUUAAAUGUACGUCAGGGCGGAGCCUACAAUGGGUGGCUCCUUUGUGAAAAAAAAAAAGGAGCCUGUUAUUGGAGGAUGGGAACGAAUAACUCCGCCCACUGUCACCUCACAUUGGAUUUCAUUCGCCACCUCAGAUGCACCUCGUAAGGCGGAGCCUAACUGCACGGCAUUGCAUGGCUCCGCCCAGAGUGAAUUUAUUUGGACGUCAGGGUGGAGCCUGGGACAGAAUGGCUCCACCCACUCUCACAUCAAACACAUAAGGGCGGAGUCUACACUCAACUUAUCUCCCCUGUCGACAGCCUCACAGGGCGGAGUCUGUAACGAGGACCCGUCGCUAUUGGACGAAAGUGUUGUCUGACUCCGCCCUCUGCCACUUCUGUCACACAAGGUGAAGCCUGUGCAAAUUCUCUAACCCCGCCCUCUUUCUAAUUAAUCAGAUAACAGGGCGGAGUCUGUCGGGGAACACGCCCCCCCCCCUUCCCCCCCCAAAUGCCAAGGGUGGAGCUCGGUGCUUGGUCUUGAUUGGAUAACAGCGGCGAGUGUCUGUUAUCCAAAGAGGGCUUCUAUUGGCCGACAGCAGUGUUUAGCUCCUCCCACUGCGGAGGGAAAAGCAGCGUACGAGAGCUCGGAGCCUACGAAGAAAAAGAACCGCGUCGGAACAAAGUUGGGCGGAGCCUGUGAGAGCGAUAAACACUCUCUAUUGGACGAAAGGGUGGAGCCUGCACUCUUCCAAUGUAUUGAUUGGGUCUGAUCUUUGUAUAGCUCCGCCCACCAACUUGAACGCAUCUUUAAAGGUGGAGCCUGUGAGGCGGAGGGCCCACAUUGGAUGAUGACAACAUGUGACUCCUCCCACUGACACCUCCCACACAUCAGGGCGGAGCCUGUGAGAUCGUUUCAUGAUUGGAUGGCGGUAGUGUUUAGCUCCACCCACCGCCACAUCGAGCACAUUCAUCAGGGCGGAGCCUUCGAGGACAGCAGCACGUGACUCCGCCCACUGCCACCACUCGACCAACCACACCUCGCUUGGCUUCAUUAUUAUAAAGUUGUAGGUUUUUUUUUUUUUUCGUAAUAACGUCGUUUCAGAAUUUCGUUAUUCUACACAGCACCCCCCCAUGCCCCCCCCCCGUGACGCUCCACAGCGCCCAUCCCCCCCCCCCAAGUCGCUCCACGCCGCCCCCCCGUGACGCCGCUGCUUCAUUACUGUUCACGAUUUUUAAUUUGUUUCCCGCUGCCGAACAUCACGUAACGAUACGGAACAGUGAACGCUGCAUUUUUAUAUCGCAGCAGCUCCAAAUAUGGUAACGGCACGUCCAGAGUGGUGCCCCGCCCUAUUUUACCUACAGAGAACCCACAGUGCAUUAUGGGUGUUGUGUACAUGUUUACAGAUAGCCUGUUGCAGUGCAUUAUGGGUAGUCCUUCCUGGCUAGUUUUGAGAUCAGAUUUCCGGAUCAGAAAUAUUCAGACGCCACCCGAUGUUUGUUUUACGUCCUUUAGCCGCUUUUAACCCCCCCAGCGAUCUUCUGGUGGCUCUUCAGUGCUGUCCACACACUUUUGAUAGGAUCAGGAUCAGGAUCAGGACUUGAUUUAAUGCUUCUGAAACCACUUCUGAUGAGUUCUGGUUCAUUUGUCUCGUAUGUACGAGUGUUAUGCUCCCACCACCACACUUUACAGCUUCUUUCCUACACUGCAGCUCACUCGGCUGUGGACGGUGACGCCCGUGUGUUCCAGCCGCUAAUUAUUCAUGACCUGCUGGGUUCCAUCUGAUGAUCCUGGGAUUUGAAGUUGACUAGGAGGCCAACUCAGACCAAUAAAUAAGGGCCUUGAUCAGGGGCCCAUCAGUGGCACCAUGGCAACCUUCUGAUUACUAGAGCAGUACAUACCACUGCUACCACUGCUCACUUAGAGAACGUCCUGCACCACCAGUUUAAUCAUCUGAGGUGGCGUCCGUAUAUUUAUGAUCCAGAGAAGUCAGUCAGAGAAGAAGCAGCACUGCAGGAAUCUUUAAAAUCCCGCCACCACGUUGCUUAGAAACCGACGUUAAAAUCUAAUAGCAUCACGUCUCGGUGGAAAUAAAAACGUAGAUGCUGCAGUGCAUCGUGGGAGUUGUGGUGAACUGUACUGGUCCAGACACCCGAACUAGGGCGUAAAAUUCAGACAUUCCGAAAAUUUUUUACCUGCUUUUGUUCAAAAUCUUGCGGUUUAAGGCGUUUUUUAUUCACGCGGAUCAACAAGUCGCCUUUUCUGUUUUUUUGUUUUUUUUUUCUCGGUUUUUUUUCUCGGUUCUUUUUCUUUUUAGUUUUAUUAUUUCUGAGCCUUUUCAGUUUUUUCUGUUUUUUUCUGGGGUUUUUCUGUUUUCUUUUUCUUUUUUCUGUUUUUUCUUUUUUUCUGUUUUUUCUUGUUUUUUUGUUAGUUUGUUUUGGGGUUUUUUCUGGUUUUUUCUGAUUUUUU